AUGGCCUCUCUUUCCUCGCGUCCGCCACAGACAGCCACGGCAACCGUCACCCCAAGAGCGGGAUGGGGCGGAGGCACGGACCAAGGGUCGGCCUUUCGAGGGAUGGGCAGGGGACGAGGUGGGAGAGGCGGAGGAGAUAGAGGGCGAGGCGGUCGGGGUGGCACUCGUGGCGGGCGAACCUCUAUCUCUGAGACCACACCGCGCGGGUUUUCAAACUCCAAGUCAGACGGUGCACCAAGCGAUGGGCCUGUCGUCUCGUCGGACGCAGCAGCCUCAAAGCCCAAACUUCCCUCCCGACGUAUCUCCCACCAGAACUCUACACGUAAACCCCCCGCCCUGAACAUCGAACCCGCUUCCCCCGUCGAUGGGCAUCCUGCAUCCGCGUCUUUGGGCUCUGCCAAGUCACCUCGUCGCAAACGUUCUCACCAGCCGAAACCUACCCUCGCUUCGUCCGUGAAACCUAUCCCUAUCGAGGCUGCUAUGGCGGCACUCAGACCCCAGAUGACUCGCAAGGCCUCCAGUGGCCCACCAUCUCCUCAUGGCCUCGUCAAGGACGCGCCACCUCAUUUGUCCGCUGGUCCGAGCGUCCAAACCUUCGACAUCAAGUCCAACAUCGAUACUCUCGUCGAGCGCGUUCGUGCGAUCGCCAUGGAGCGCCCACACACCCCCGGGAGCCACAUCGACUGGGCAGGAGACGACGACGAUACGCUACCCGACCUGGAUGACUGGGGAGUCCACUCCACGGGUACACUGGGGACGACCGUGAGCGAGGCCGGUAUGCUGGGGCUGAUGUCUCCUAUUCUGGACGACUCGUUGAAACAAUUGCCCAUACACGACGACAAGUCCAAGUCACCUUCCGUGAAUGGGGCCGCGCUUUCUCCGAAGGUACUCCCGGCAGACGUUGCUGAUGAGAAGUCGAACGUGCAGGCAGACAAUGGUGUCAAACAUGAGGACAACCCUCCCAAAGCGAUCGAAAGUGUCUCCGAAAGGACUCCCCAGGCGAAGACCGUAAACAAUGGAUAUCCCAGCAAGCCGUCUCCAGCGUCCACACACACGCCCUCCACAAUCGUCUCUUCUCGCACCACUCUUCACCCCUCCCUUCCGCCGAAGCCUGAACCGACUAAGGCGGAGUCGCCAUCGGCUCUCACAGGCAAUAAUACGGAAUCCAAACAUCCUGCUACAGCUACCACAUCGCCAUCCGUGAAGGAGCCUGUGUCUGCUGACAGCGCCACAAAGUCGACCACAGGAUCGGCGCGGCCACCGCGAAAGGAUCUCUUUGCUCCAGAUAGACCCGGGCUUGAAGCAUCCAUGCACGCCCCCAAGGCGCUCUCGCAGCGUAAAGAGGCGGAGGCUCGGGAUGUUGUCUCUUCUUCCACGAAUACCACUUCGUUCAACCCCGCUCAUGGUCGCUCGCGUACUCUCGGUCGUCCAGCACCAGGGCCAACGCUGACUAGACCGUUUAAAUCCGGUCCUUCCACGCCUCACACCUCGAACAUGCAGCAUGCACGUACGCAAUCCACUCCGCCAGCUGCUCCGACCGUACGACAUGCUCGUCAGGGCAGUCGACCCGUUAUCGCAAGUUCUGCGAUAUCGAGUAUCAUGAAGACCCUGGGUGGCUCUGGCACCUCGCCUAGGAAGCAGCCAGCUCCCCCUACCUCGAGCUCGGCGACGUCCUCAGAGUGA